AUGGAAAAAGAUAAUUCGAAAGAAGUCAUUGACAGUACGAGUCUUCUCAACCAGCCUGUACAUCUGGACAAGGCAAUCGAAAUGGUCGGAUUUGGAUAUUUUCAUUAUUACAUACUAUUCAUAUGUGGAUCGCUUUACACAGCAGUUGCCUUUAGUGUGACAUCAGUAUCAUUUAUUAUACCAUCAGCUCAAUGUGAUUUUCAAAUGACUUCUUCUCACAAAGGCCUUCUAAAUGGAGCAAUGAUGAUAGGAAUGUUAAUGGGAUCCUUUAUUUGGGGUUAUGUGGCAGACACCAAGGGCCGAAGAUUUACUUUGAUAAUAUGUAUGAUGAUGGAUGGUUUCUUUAACAUCUUGUCUAGUGUGUCGCAGGUGUAUUCAAUAUUUAUAUUCUGUAGACUUUUAAGUGGAUUUGGAGUAUCCGGUUCAACAACUCUCUUUUCAUACCUUGUGGAGUUUCUUAAUAUCAAAUAUCGAGAAAAAUUUUUAUCUUGGAUGGAAAUGUUCUGGACAAGUGGCAUAAUAUUGCUUCCAUGUGUAGCAUGGUUAAUUAUACCACAGACAUUUAGAAUCGAAAACGAAUACAUAUUGUUUAAAUCAUGGAAUCUUUUUGUAAUUGUGUGUUCACUUCCGAGUAUAACAUUAGCAUUUUUAAUAAUGAAAAUGCCUGAAAGUCCAAAGUUUUUACUCGCUCAGGGUAAACACAAAGAAACAAUAAAUUGCUUAAAAUUUGUUCACAGAUGGAAUAGUAACUCAAAUGAUAAAUUUCCCGUGACUUCAAUAAUUAUGCCAAGUUCUAAUGACAAAUCAAAUAAUGGUUUCUUUGAAGGGCUUUAUGAAAGUACUAUAGAUUUGUUUACAUCAAAAUUCAAAAUUAUAGCUAUAGUUACAUGCAUUAUACACUUUUGUGCUACUACCAGUUACUAUAUGUUAAUACUGUGGUUCCCGGAAUUGAUGAAUAGAUUUCGUUGGUAUGAAACAUAUUCAAAUAUCCAAAAUAAAACAACCAUGUGUGAAAUUGUAUCCAUGUACGUAGUUGAACCAGAAGUGAAAGAUGUAAAGUGUGAUGAUCAUAUUGACUAUUCCGUGUAUAUGAACAUAAUGAUCAUUGGCAUUGCUUGCAUACCUACGAGUCUCGUUGUACCACUAUUUAUCAAUAAACUUGGACUCAGAUUUUUUACAGUUUUGAGUUUCUUUGGAUCCAGUAUUUCUGCAGCAUGGUUGUAUUUUAUUACUUCUUCAAUGGAGAAUAUUAUAUUAUCUUCAAUAUUUGAAGCUUUUUCUAGUAUUGGUAUUAGCCUAACAUAUUGCAUUACUGUUGAGUUAUUUCCAACUCAAUACAGGGGCAAGGCUGCGUCUAUAGGUACUAUGUUUGGCAAAAUAGGUGCACUUUUGGGCAACAUUCUCAUUGGAAUUUUUAUUGAUGCUCACUGUAUAGUUCCGAUAUUUGUAUCAAGCUCAUUUUUGAUAAUUUCAGCUUUCUUAGUAAUUACAUUACCAAAAACCGGAAGAACCAACAUAGUAACUGACGGAGUAAUUUAG